CUAGGCUUUCCUUUCGGUUUGGCCGGUUUAUAACCCUUCCCCCCGCGUUUGCCCAUCUCUCUCUCGUCAAGCAAAAACAAAAGCUCUCCUCCUUCUCCACUCACGCAUCUCUCUCGUCUCGUCUCCACACGGGAGACAAUCAACCCCUCUGGAAAAAGAGCAAAGAGAAGUCUCAGUGCAAACCGGUAAAGAAAGAGUUUUCCUUUAUUACUUAAUCUUCUUUCUGUACUUUGGAUUCAGGAUCAAUUCUCUCGAUCUUCUCUACCUUGCUGGAUCGUUUCAAGUCAGACGCAUCUUUGCUUUCCUUACUUAUAGACUUCACUUUUCUGAUUCGAUUUCGUUUCAAGCUCGAUUCGAUUCUCACUGAACUAAAGAAACUGUGAGGAUUGAUAGUUGAAGAGGAGAACAAGCAUGCACAGGUGGAUCUGUUGUGGGCGUACUUCAGGAGAUUCGGAUGUAUCUAAUGAUGAGCAACAUCUGAAAACUCAAUGGCAGCAAUCUGAAGGAGCAGCAAAUAAUAAGCCAAAACCACAAGCUGUUGCAAAACCUGAGGCGCCCAAGGAAGCUCUUCCCAUUGAAGUUCCUCUCUUGUCUGUGGAGGAGGUUAAAGAAAAGACUGACAACUUUGGAUCAAAGUCACUCAUUGGUGAGGGUUCUUAUGGGAGGGUGUAUUACGCAACUCUAAGUGAUGGUAAAGCAGUUGCGUUGAAGAAACUCGAUGUUGCCCCUGAAGCUGAAACAAACACCGAGUUCUUGAGUCAGGUUUCCAUGGUUUCAAGACUGAAGCAUGAGAAUUUCAUUCAGCUGGUCGGCUAUUGUGUUGAUGAGAACCUCCGUGUUCUUGCUUAUGAGUUUGCAACGAUGGGAUCACUGCACGACGUUCUACAUGGUAGGAAGGGAGUUCAAGGUGCACAGCCAGGUCCAACACUUGACUGGAUAACGAGGGUGAAGAUCGCCGUUGAGGCAGCUAGGGGUUUGGAAUACCUUCAUGAGAAGGUUCAGCCUCCUGUCAUACAUAGAGACGUGAGAUCUAGCAAUGUGCUUCUCUUUGAAGACUAUCAGGCAAAAGUUGCUGAUUUUAAUCUCUCAAAUCAAGCUCCUGACAAUGCUGCACGUCUUCACUCUACAAGAGUCUUGGGCACCUUUGGCUAUCACGCUCCAGAAUAUGCUAUGACUGGACAGUUGACACAGAAGAGUGAUGUGUAUAGCUUUGGGGUUGUACUACUAGAGCUUUUGACAGGGAGGAAACCUGUGGAUCAUACAAUGCCACGUGGCCAACAAAGUCUUGUAACCUGGGCUACACCGAGACUCAGUGAAGACAAAGUGAAGCAGUGUGUUGAUCCAAAGCUAAAAGGAGAAUAUCCUCCUAAAUCAGUAGCUAAGCUAGCAGCGGUGGCAGCAUUGUGUGUGCAAUAUGAAUCAGAGUUUAGACCGAAUAUGAGUAUAGUUGUGAAAGCUUUGCAGCCACUUCUCAAAACUCCAGCGCCAGUCCCUGUAACGGAACCCUGAGUUUGUGCAAGAGAGUUGGAUUCCUUGUUCAUACAAAGUUGGAAUCUUUCUCUGAUUUGGGGAAGAAAACGAAAACACAAAAAAGUAAAAGAUCAUAUAUUUAUUUGAGGGGAUGGAAAUUAUUAGUUUGCAUUUUGGUGUGCAAGGGGACAGAUAUUUUAUUUUGCAUGUGUCAUGUCCGGAUUUGAAACAGGCUCCUGUGUAUGUGCUUGUCGUGGAGGAGAACAAUGAUGUAUUGCAUUUGCUGUUCUUUGAUUUUUUUCUAUAUAGAUAAAAGGGAUCAUUUGAAUA